AUGUCUGUGGAGAGGAGGAGGUCGGAAGGCAGCCCAGAGAAGACGGGAAAGGUGAGCCUCGGCCCUGGGGAUGACUUGAACGACGGAAGCUCUUCUGUGAUGGGUUGCAAGUGCUGUCCUGGCAGGAGCGGCGGGGACGAGGGAGGACACAGAACUCUGAGGGAAGCCGCGGUGGACGGCCAGCGGCAUCCUCGGGAGGGAAGAGAGGUUCAGGUGACACAGACUUGGGUGGACAGUGACUGGGAGCUUGAGAGAACCACGGAAGAGCUCAGGAGAUGCCGGAGGAGGCAGGGCUCGUAG